AUGUAUCAAGAGCGUGACCGUAGUCGUCCUCGUCAACCAACAUCUCUUGAAUCCCUAUACAUGACCGUUCAAAAUGCUUGCUCAAGCCUUCAGAACACUCUGGAUGGUAUCUGCAAACAAUGCGAUUGUCUUCAAAUCGAGUCACGAAACGAGCAUGCUAUGGAGGUUCUGGAAAGCUUAGACACGUUCGAGAGUGAAGUUCAGCUGGCAAUGCUCUCAGACGCUCAAUGUCAACUUCUCGUUGAAGAUUUGGAUCUAAAUCUGAAUGAAAGUACUGUUAUGGAUAUCGUUAAAAAGCUUAGAGAUCUUGAACUCCUGAGAAAGAAUGUCUCUACCUUUUUUAAAAAGCUUAAUAAAAGAUUUUAUUCCAUUCUGGAUGAUGGUGUUUACCUCUAUUGUGUUAGCUUGUUCGAAAUUACUCAUGAAGAAAUUCGUGAGGUGAUUGAAUAUGACGAAUUUAUCUCCAAUCAAAAGUUGGAGAUAUCUCAGGCUGUUGAGGAAAUUCAUCAUCUAGAAGAGAGGUGGGGAAAUCUUACCUUGGAUUUAAAUUCAACGAUUGAUAAUCUGGAUGGUCUGCAAGCCUGCUUGACUGAUGUUCAAGCCCGUUGGAAAGAAAUCCAAGAAAAGAUUUUCGAGUGGUUAAAGCAGGAUCGCAAUUAUCCCAAUCGAAUAACAGGUCGAAUUAGUAGUAACAAGGAUUCAAUCCAAUGUCUUCUCCUUGAGAUGGAUAUGAUCGAUGAAUCUCAGAAACAGAGCGCAGAGGUCUGCCGUCUUCGCCAAGAGCAAAUCAAAUCACUCCAAAAAAGGCGUCGGGAGCUGUAUAAUAACCUGGGUCAUGUUCAACGAGCUAAGAGGUAUAAUGCUUCAAAAAUGUCAGAAAAUGAAACGAAAUCAGCUCAAGAAAUAAACAGAGAUAAUAAACCCGAUUCUAAAAAGGGUUCUGGCGGUUCAAAAUCUCAAAAUGAGUUCCAUAGACGUAGGGAUGCUAGACUUGAUAAGGAACAGAGUGACGUAAAGGCUUCAAUUGCAAGCGUCGACAAAAAAAUCGAUGAACUUAAAAAAUUUACCGAAGAAGAGAAAACCAAAGAGGACGCGAGCUUGAAAAGGAUUAAAGAAAUCCACACUGCAAUUGCUGUAAUGGAGAAGGCGAAUGUGGACUGUGAUGUUUCAUUUGAGGAGGCCUGUAGAUAUGUCGCUUAUCGCUUACGUCACGAGUGGCCCCGCCUUUACCUUCAUCUUCCAAUGUGGCCAAUUCGGAACUAUGCGCAACGUUUGGAGGAUAUAAAUGGUCUUCUUGGUUACGAACGCAUGAAUGUGGUCCUUCCACGCAAUCGGACACCUAUCGAAGAUGCAGCUGCAGCGCUGGCCAAAUGGAGACUCCUCUCGCGGCGAUACAUCAAUUUAGAGGGUCUAGUUACAGGUCUUCGGCAAGCAGGCUGGUUAAAACUAGCUAAUGAAGCACGAAAACGGUUUGUUGAAGUAGUUCCACAGGAAGAACAAGAUUUAAAAGAAAAUCGAGAACAGGAGAUCGUAACUGAAAAUAACGCCGUUCUGGUAGAAGAGCUUGAAGCUUCAAAAGGAGGAAAUGAUCAAUUGACUGAAGUAUCUACCUGUGAAGAAGCCGGUAAAGAGCUUGAAGAAGUUUCGUUUACUGAAAGUAAAGAAGGAAAAGUGGACGACGAAGUGGAAGUGGAAAAGGGCGAUUGUGAAGAUACAGGUAGUCAAGAAAGUGAGGAUGUUUCUGCCGAUUUGAAAGAGGACACUAAAGCUAAGGAGAAUGAUGAAACAGAGUGUGAUAAAUCUGAAUUUAUACACGAUAAUUGCACAAAUCAAGAGUCUGUAAUAGACGGUGAAGGGAAUCGGGACGAUUCAUGCCAUGAAUCAAAUAGAGCCAAUAGUGUCAAUGGGGAUUUACUAGAAGAAAUGGGUCUCGAAGAAGAAGCAGAGAAAAAACACGAUUUCGUGGAGGAAAUUCAGGAAGCAGAGCCCGUGGAAGUGAAUGGGAAAUCAAAAUCCAUCGAUAAGAACAACUCUGUGGAAAGUGAACAGGAAGAGAGUACUUCAAUUAAAUCAACCCGCAAAAGCUCGGUGUCAAGCAUUGGUCCUAAAGAGGAAGACAAACCUAAGCAGAAGGAAAUUGAAAACGAAAUUUCAAAUUCUCUUGCUAAUAACACUUCAGAGUGUGAAAUUUCAAAGGAUGGUAAUGUGGUAAAUGAGGAUGAUGAACAUGAAAGUACAAGGGAAAAUGAAUUGGAAACUUCGGGAACAGUCAAAGAAGAAGAUUGUGCAUCGGAGAAAAGUUCAAAAGAAUCAGUAUUACUGGAUAUCCCAAGGAAAUCUCAAGAAAACGCGUCCAAUGACCUAGUGAAAAAUGAGGAUGGCAGCGAUAUUCAAGCAGAAAAGAAGGAGCAGAGCCCAAGAAGAGAUUCAAUAUACAAAAUUAAUAACUCGGUAUCUAAAGAAAAGGAUGAUUCAGUGAAUACUCCCCAAAGCCCUGAGAGUAAAAGGCCAGAUAUGAUCACCGGACCAACGUCAGCUGGGCAUAAAAAGGUAGCUCCCAAAAAUUUGCCCAAUAAAUCAAAAAAUGUUGAUGAAACCAAAAGUGAGGAAGGUGUUAAGCAAAAACUUACCAAGAACGAUGAAAAAUCAUGUAAUAUAGGAAAGAAAGUAGGCACUAAAAUGCCUGAAAGCAAAAUCGACAAGAAAAAGCCAACGUCCAAGGGCGCGAUUUUGAAAACUGCAGGCAACAAUUCAAAGAAUAAAUCAACUGAAAGUGCCAAGAAGGUGGAGAAGCCAAAGUCAAAUCAUACUUCCAAAUCAAAACCUGAAACUAAAAUUGAAGAACCCGAUGUCGUAAUUAAAAAGCAAGACAGCAAAGUUGAAAACUCUCAGGAACGAGAUGUUGAGAAAGAGAUGGCAAAUGAAAAUACUCCGAAGCAAGCUGAAUCUAAACUCUCACCACGGGACCAAGAAGCUGGUUCAGAUGAACGUGAAAAUGCAAGCGAAAUAAAUGAUGACGAUAGAGGGAGAGAAGGAGAGGAACCAUAUAAUAAGGAGGAAGAUCCCAAAUCUAAGGAAAAUGUAAAGGGAGCCGAAAAGCCCCCUUCAAAAGCGAAGUCUUCAGAAAAGGAGGAGGACAAAAAGGCUGCCAAGAAGUUGAAAGCCGAUAAAAGUGGAAAGAGGAAAGCUGACAAGAAGAAAUAA